GGUGUCAUGGCCGGAGCCUGACGUGAUCCCCGCUGUUGUUGAGUCUCCACCAUGGCCGCCGCUGCUAUGAAAGACCCUAGGACUUUCUUUUCACAGGGCACCGCUGCUCAGUUUGAAUUUGUGCACGAUCUAUACGAGGAAGCGGUGAAACUGAAGGCGGAGCAGAAGAACAAGAAGGCCGAGGAGUACCUUAAACUGGACAAAUGGUAUCAAAAAGAACUGCCUACGAAGAUAAAGUCGAGAGGGAAAGAUGCUCACCUCACCCAUGAAGAACUCUGUCUCUGUAUGAAAUGGAAACUCUCGCGUGGAAAAUUUUCGCCCAGACUAAAAGACUUGAUCCAGAUGAACACGCCCCGCCUCUGUAUGGCGGAAACCAGAAAGGCUUUCCGUGCACUGAUGAAGAAGGAGGACUUGGCAUCUGCCAUCCAAGCCUUAUGUAACUUGAAAGGUGUCGGUCCUGCAAUGGCUUCUACAAUCUUGACAGCGGGCAACCCAGAGCUGUGUGGCUUCAUGGCAGACGAGUGUCUCUUGGCAAUCCCAGAAAUUGAAGGCAUCGACUACACCACGAAAGAACUUCUCAACUUUGUGGAGCAACUCAAAGGAGCAGCUAAUAGGUUAAAUAAAGAAGGGAGCUCAACUACGUGGAACCCUCACAAGGUUGAGAUGGCACUGUGGGCGCACUUUGUGUUAUCAGAGUUGAAGAAGGAACUCCUUAACGACAUGCCUGGUUUCUCUACUACUACCGCCCCCUCGUCCACACAGCAAACUACUGAGAAUGGAGAUUCACUGACAGAGUCUCCUCAAAAGGCAAAAAAUGGUGGUCCCGUGCCAGAUGAGAGCAACGACUCUAUGGAUUCUGCUUUUGCUAAUAAGGAAAAUCUCACGGCAAAUACCAAUGGCACCUCUGAUGCAGAGAACAGCAGAGCCUCGAUUUUAAACUGUGAGGACACUAAUGAUUCCAUGGCAGUGUCUGAGGCUCCCAGCGAGGCUUUGUCAGAGGUCCCAAGUGAGCCGGCAUCAGAAGCUCCCAGCGAAUCCAUCUCAGAAGCCAUUAGUGAGUCAGACACUCAGGAUGUGCCCAGCAAGCUGCCCGGGGUAGCUUCAGCCAGCUCAGUCUCCGUUAGCCCUCCAGACAGCACUGACGAACCAGCACAGAAGAAAGUGAAGGUGGACUAAUAGUAUGUGGAGUGAGGUGGCUUGCGUACUAUUAUUACCACCUGAAUGUGGAGUGCGGUGGGUUGCGUACUGUACUGCCACCUGUAUGCGAGUGUGGUGGUUGGUGCACUCUACGACCACCUUAUCCAACCCCCACUCUACCCUCUGCCCUCUUCUUCGCUACCCUUGACAGGCCUGGCAGCAUCGUGUGGUGGUGCAUGGGCUUGUGGGGGGGAUGUAACACUGUUGUGACCAAGUUUAUGCCCCAGCAGCAGUGCCGCACUACCCCAGAUGUCUGAUCCCCCCAUCCUUGUGCACUCUUGUGUAACGUACAUUCCAAGAGGCUUUUAUCAUGGAGAGAUGAUCAAUAUUUUGUACACAAACUUUCCAGUUUGCAGCUCAAGUUAGCCGUGGCUAUGGUGUGUGUUUAGCACAAUGAAUUCUGGAUAAGAUUUGUAGUUCUGAACAUAAAAUAUCACUUGCCUCUACACAGGCGCUGGACUAUGAAAAUAUUUCAACUCCUCUUCUCUAUCCAGGAGGGCGUCGUCCCACUCUGUGGUGGACGUGGCACGUAGAAUGCGGUACGUCUAAAGUUAUUCUUUAGUCCUUUACAGUCAGGACUGCCACUCCUCAGACCAAGCAGGUAAAGAACUACCCAUAUAAUCAAGAAUUCAUUUGUUAAUUCACCCACAGCUGUCACUGAGCCUCAGGCAGGGCCUGCACCUCCUCAUUGCCUGCCUUGCCGGGGACCUGUGACUCCCUUAAUUGAGUGUUUUUAUUUAACUUUUUGCAUAGUUUUUAUAUAUAAGUAAGUAUUUUAGCCAGUUUUACCAUUUUAAGGAGUUUGUACAAGGUUGGUUGGAUUUUGAAUGGUGCAACCUGCGCUGUGUGAUCUCCAUCCUACUGAAGUCCCCAUCACAAUCCUCAGUCCACUGCCAUUGUUAAUAUGAGUUUUUCCCACCAUCCAUCACUUCCUCCUUCACCGAUAUCUGCCCUUAACAUCCAGUAAGGUUCAGUGAAAUUCAGUGUUCCUGCCAUGGUUUUAUCCCAAGAAUAAUCGAGGGAGUGGCACAAAACGUCACAACAGUGUUACGCGUGCAUGUCCAAGACCCCGCCCGCCCGCCGUCACAAGGACUUAGCCCACGUUGGCCUGGCAUACUGAUGUUCAUCCACACUUAUUGGGAGACUUGCGUUGCCCUUUAGAAAUGGCAAGAAUUUGUAAUUAAUCAGAAUUUUGGCAUGUUUGUGUAAAUUGGUACAGAUGCAUUCUCCCAUAAGUCAUCGUGCAUGAAUGUGUUUCAUUAAAACAUGAUUUGUUUCGUUUGUCACUUAUAAAAAAAGUAAUAUCAAUAUAAUGUUUGAAAGAUAUAAACCAGGGGUUCCCUCAGCUUUACAAAGCCAGCUCCACAAAAAUUUAUUUCCAACACUUAAGCUCGCACCAAUUUGAAAAUGUUCAAAAUGCAUUGGGCAUAGCCGUUUCAGUGCUCCUUCAUAGAUAGUCCUUUACCAGUGUGAGAAAAAAUUAGUAGUGCUUAUCACUGCAAAAUUGGGUGAGACUGAAAUGACAUGGGUGAAAGACGGCAUGGGGGGGGGCGCACUGCGAGACGGGCGAUGGUGAAGGGAGCCACUCUUGACUCCUUGCUGUUUGUGCCAGUGACCCAAGGUGUAGACACGAGCACCUUUGUUUACUGAUUGAUGCAUACAUUAUUCUUAAAGAAGUUAAUCAUAGUCGGGUGCGUCAAGAUUAUUAUUAUUACAUAGCACUUGAAACAGUCCAUGGAUGGGUGUCAUGAUGCACUGCAGCAACAAGACAAAACUGGGACUACUACUUCCAAUUGCCUCGGUUGCAGGUGAAUACCUCAGUAUUUAUUCUUAUCCUCCCCGCAAAGUUCCCCAAACUUCCUCGGAAAUUAAUGAGCACACUAAAUUUACACACAAACUUGUGCUCCUUCCUACAUAUUCACACUAUUCACUUACACAUGCAGUGUUUAUCACUGCACAUGCUGUAUUAUUCUUACACACAACUGUGUAGCCCUUAUGUAGUGCACUCAUACACACAUACUGUAUAUCAUUCUUACACAUACACACACACACUGUGUCAUUCUUACAUACACUAUGUCAUUCUUACACACUGUAUGUCAUUUUUACAUACGUACGUAUGCCUUUCUUAAACUGUGUAUGUCACUUAUUACACACUGUCAUUCUUACAAGACAUUCUUACCCACUGUGUAUGGCUCUUACACAUGCACACAUGCACAAACACACAUGGCAGAGUUUAUAUUUGCAGAAUACAGUACAUCUUUAGUGCUUGCUAGUGUUCUUUACAAUUGAAUAAUUUUACAAAUUCCCUAACAUUAAGUUAAUCUUUCAUGAUUGCAUAUAUGGCAUAUUUUGUAUUAAUCUCUGCAUGUAUUCAAGCAAGCAAGCAAGCAAACACACACACACACACACACACACACACACACACACACACACACACACACAGAAGCCCACAUCACUGUGGCUUCAUAUGCUCAGGCUGCCUCCUCCACAAUACAUCUUUAUUUAUUCAAGUUUCAUAUUUAUUUUCAAUAUUUGUUCUUAGUUUUAAUGUAUUAUGUGGUAAAAAAUCCCCACACUUUAAUAUUGAGUAAAGGGCUUGGUAUUGACAUGCUGUGGAGGCCUUGUGGUCUAGAUGUCAACCCCAAGUACUUUCAGACACUGGACGGGUUUUAGCCUAUCCCAGAGGAGGAAGGUUGUGUCCCCUCAACCGAGGGGGGUGGGUGGGGAGGAAAGUUUUUCACAACUUUAAUCACCAAAGAGGCUCCAGCACACUGUCCAAUAGGUUGUGUUGUCACCAUGGCUCUAGACAAUGGUGCCUCUUGAAUUGUAAAGUUGUCUCGUGUUCUCUGUUGAUUGAGAAGCAACUUUCGGCAGGGGAAAACGAAGUGUUUUCUUGAGCAGGUCCAUGCUGCGUAUCAGCCCCUUCCUCUGCCUUCUUUCUCCCUCCCUCCCUUCCGCCACCAACUCCCUCAGCAAGAAGCCACGGAAGUGCCAGGAGAGUCGUCUGUGGCCCUUGGGCACCCAACACUUAUAGUGACUUAUUCCAGAUUACUGUUUUCAGAAAAAAUCAGCUGGGCGGGCACUGAUUAUCUCUUAAUGAAUGAGUUAAGGAGGUUGAGCAUCCAGACUGUGCCAGUGCUGUGCUUGAAACUUGUACAUUAGCAUUUUAGAAACUGUAGUGAAUAUCACAUUGGGCUGCUGGGAUCUGCAGUUUUUAUUUUGAUAGUAUUUCUCCUGAUUUUGAGGGUGUAGUGGUCGUCGAUGGUGUACUGUAUUAUUGGUUGUAGUGUGGUGGUGUGGCAGCUGGGCCGUUGGCACAGUUGCUCGUAGAUAUUACUUAAGCCCUCUUUGUUAUGUUCCUGGGUCAGGUAUAGAAACAUUGUCUUGUUGGGUACGAAGUAUUGCUCCUGGCUUCUGUGGCUCCCCCAACAACAACAACAUCCUGCCUUGUAUAGUCCCAUGAAAAAUGCUUAUUUUUCUAUGUAAAAAGAUAAAAUCAAGGACGGCAGCGAGUGUGUCGUCACAGCAACAAAACCCAAGCUCUGUCUCCCGACCCUCCAUACCUUCCAACCCUGUUCUACCUUUCCUCUCUACUCCCUCCCCUGCCCACUCCCCAUCACCCUUACCCUGGGAGAUCAUUGACCAUUGUGGGUCCGGAGAUCAUCAUCAUCAUCGGCGUCAUCAUUAUAGGUAGUUGUAGGUGUCAUUAUUAUUUAAUCAGUAGACUUGCACACAAAUACCUGGAACUCUGGACCGGGGACGUCCAGGUGUGCCGCCCCAGGUCUUGUUUCAACCAAUUAUUACUGAACAAUGGAAAAGUUAUUAUUAAUGAAUAAUGAAAAACUGGAGUGAAUACUACCACAGAUAUGGCCUUACACAACAGGAAGAUUUGGUGUUUUAGUAUAUUCUAUUUCAGUUUUAAUGUGAUAGAAUUAGUUCAAAUAAAGGAUUCACACCAGGACGCCCUUCUUUUAAUACCCAUCUUUCUAAAGGUCAGACUAGUGAUUUUUUCCUCACUUGAUGUCAGAUCAAGCCUGACCAGGGUGUUUGGGUGAAUAUAAUUGUUUUUCUGUUGUGACAACAGCAGCAAAAACUAUGUGAAAUGUAAACAGUACAAGUAUCUCACAUCUGCUUCUCAUACCUUGAUAGACAAGGUAAUAUGCAGGAUUGUUUUGCAUUUGCCACCUUCCUUCAAGAACAGGACUCGGUGUGCACGCUAUAGAAAAGCUGUCCGCUUUGUCGAAAUUAUUUCAUGUUGAAUAAUGGGUGACUUUUACUAGACCUUAUUAAUAUCUUUCAGUUGCAACGUCAGUGAACAUUCAUCCAUGGCGAUAUUCGGUAGUACAGUAUUUUAUAAUAAAAAUGUUUCAUGUUCCCCAAGUGGUAAUCCCUAUACAGUACCAGUUAUUGUACAAGCAUGUCAAGUCACCCAGCUGUGAACACUUGCUACACCUGGUGAUGAGGGAUGUUGGUGAACUUCACAUGGAACUUAACCAAGCAGUGAGGGACGUCGGCGCAAGUCAAAGUGCACAAGUCAACGGGAAGUGUGGUGAAAUAUUGGUACGUACUAGUAAGACUGUAAUUUGUUACACACUGGUGAGCAGUCGGCACGCAUAAGUUGAUCUCUUUGUGGGAUAGUCUGAAAGAAUUUAAUUCACGUUGAUGUAGUAAAAUUGGAAAUUUGGCAAAAAAAAAAUUGUACUCCCGAGUCAUUACUGGUGACUGUUCAGUAGGCACUAGUCGACCAAACUGAGGGAGAUGCCGUGUAAAUUAUUCAGUUAAACAAUGGAGGACAUCUGAUGAACAGUACAGUCAAUCAAGUGCUUUGGGAAAUUUUGGUGAACAUUGAACAUAUCGGUGGCAAACAAUCAGUAUGCUGAACUGAGUAAUGGGUGACAUUACAUACAAAUUGACCAUGGAGCAGGGGAUACCUGGUGAAUGAUCAUGACGCACAGUGCAUCAUGUAAUAGAUGAGAGUUAGUAUGAGGUUUAACGUGGCCAUGGGGUGGCGGGGAAGUGUGCACGAGGAAGACUGUCAAUAGUAGUCUACUGAUGUAUUAAGGUGGUGGGUAUAUAAUCUAGAAUUUAACAUUUUCCUCAGGGUAUGUGUAGUCCCUUCACAGUAUUGCCAAUAUUUUUCUACCCAGGAAAAUACUUCACAAAAGUCUAAGUCCCUUUAUUUUUUUUUUCUGGUUAACAAAAUGUGAAACCUCAACAUUUUACAUAGUAAUAUAUUUUGUUUAAGGUUACAUGACUCUAGUAAAGUUGACUGAUCUCUCGUGGAUAUUAUGUACGGCUUAAUUACCAAAGAGUGUGGACAGUGACGUGUUGCUUUAGUUGGUAUUAAGUGGAUACAGACUCAAGUUGUAUUGCUGGGGUGUGAGAGAUGGCCGGCUCCCAAGUACCACAAGCUUUUGUUUAUAUUUCCCUUUUCAUAUUAAUCACUACAUGUACAUGAAAUUACAUUAUUUAAGGUAGACUUUGAGAAAAAAUUUCAUAAUUUUACUUUUUAUCUUCAAAAAUUAUUAAUUUUGAGUUUACAGCCGAGAAGAAAAAUAGUGAUUCUAGUGAAGAUUUCUUACUCCUUUACCUUGUUCAUAAUUUUUUUUUCUUGUGCUCUUACUUUUGUACGUGAUAUUUGUUAACCUUGUCUUAAAGUGUCUUGGGAAACAUUUUCAGUUACACAAUAUGGGGGCAAUCUCUUCUAUCUUAACAAUAAAACUUAAAUACCACAAAUUUUCUUCUUAGAAAUUAUAAAUUAAGAUUUAAAGAAACUAAAACCUGCCAAGUGGCUAUUUCAAAAUAUUAAUUGAAAAAUAAAAAUAUAUUUAAACUAAAAAUUGAAGAUGGCAUAGUUUUCAUCAUACAAUUUGCCUUCACUCAGAAUCAUUUAGAUUAUUACACAAAAGUCUGGAUCUCACUUGCUCACCAACAGCCAUAAAGGUUCAAGCUUCUGAUGCCCAUUUUCAGAAUAUGUAUAUAUGGUUUGUCAAGUCAAUGUAAUACAAAAACGAUGCCACAGUCCUGAAUAACAUGUACAUAAUUACUGAAUCAGAAGUGUUGUGCACUCUGAUGGAUAAUGGUUGAUAACUUCUUUGGAAUUCAGUGAUAUUUCAAUAGGACCUCUUCAUAUUAUAAGUAGGUUUAUUUAGACAAUACUUAUGAAGACGUAAUUAUGGUGUAUAUCUGAUGAAUAGAUAUGAUUUAUUUUAAUUAAAAGGCUAAAACUGUGCUUACUAGCAUAUCAUCAGAUGACCUCAAAAUACAAAAUACUUACUGGACACAUCCCAUGAGAGAUGAAUGAUAUGUAACCUAAGGUACAAAGGUAAAUAUAAGGUAAACGGACAAUUAACGAUACAUGUAUUGAUGUUCAUUUUGUAAAGGCUAAGGGAAGUGUAUCUUCUGGAUUUAUGCAAAACUUCUGUAGAUUGACAACCUCUUUUGUAAUAACUAUUUCUGUAUGAAUUUGUAAAAUCACAAGUUUUAUUUUACAGAAUGAAAACUUAGGGUAAUAAAAUGUUAGGUUUCAAGGAGCUGGAAUUCAGUGGUUGCCACCAAUGAAAUUGUCAAAUUAUGUACUGUAUAUAAUUUUUUUGUAAUAUCUUCAUCUGCAAUUGGAUUAUUAUUGUUCUUGCAAUAUUGUUAUUGGUAAAUGUUGUUUUGGGUGAUGUAUGGCUACCAGAAUUACAUAAAAAACACAUAAAAUUUUGAGCACUGCAUUUUUCCGUGUGGUGGGUUUUAUCUGCAAUGAUUGGUAUCUGUUUAUGUAUUUGUAUUAUUUUGGGUACUUGCUACAGUCCAGGCAGGACCAUACCAAACAUAGUACCACAGGUCACUGCAUCAUAUAUAAGUUUCCAGAUAAGAGCAUAACCAAACUUGAGAGUGUGUAUUAUCUAGUGGUGGCUGUAAGGUCAAGGGUCACACCUUAUUUUGGAAUGGGCAGAAAUUUGUGUCCACUGUAUUUUUUAUUUUUUGAUAGGUUUUAAUUUUUUGUGAACUAUACAUUUUAGGACAUAUUACAUAAAAGCGGCAUGUAGAAAGCUUCAAUAAAGCCUUUAAAAAUUCA